AUGUCUUCACCUCCAGCCAAGCGUGGCCGUGGUCGACCAAAGAAGGACGCCGCUGCAGCCAAGUCGAAGCCCGUCGAGGAGAAGGAGAAGGUGGCGGCUGAGGUGGAUUCCGGGGAGGAGGGCGCGGAGAAGUCGGUUCAAAAGUCCGAUCAGGAAGGAAGCCCCAAACGUCGUGGCCGUCCACGCAAGGGCGAGGCGCCCGCCGCCAAGAAGGCCAAGACUGCCGCCGGUGGCGCCAAGAAGGGCGGGAAGCGCGGUCGUCCGAAGAAGGACGCCUCUCCCGAAGAGAAUGGCGACGCCAAGAGCUCCGACGGUGAGGACGAGAGCCCCGCCGAGGACUAA